GGAAGCGGUGCCCGGAGCCCCGGCGGAAGCGGCCGUUGUCCGGGGAGACGCAGCGCGGCGGGGCCGGGAUGUGGCGGCUGCUGCUGGCGCUGGCCGGGCUCGGCGGGGCCCUGGCGGCCGGGGCCGUGACGGAGCUGAGCGCCGCUGGGACCCCCCCGGCCGCUGCUGCUGGCUCCGCGCAGGUUGGCGGCGGCGAAGCGGUGCGGUACCGGACUGCCGAAAUGGCCGACGCGAUGCUGGGCAGCGGGCUCCCAGCCCAGCAGGCUGUGGGGCUCUCGGUGGUGCCGGGGGAGGCGAGGGAAGAGCAGGAGUCCACUGCUGCCACGACUGGGACUUGUGAGGCGGCAGCGGGCGGCAGUGGGGAGUGCGGCGCAGGGAGCAGGCCCUCGGCUCCCCUCGCCCAGCCCGACACGCAGGGCCGCGAGCACGCAGCAGGCUCGCCCGUUGUGCUGGAGACCGUGCUGCCCGGCACUGCCGAGGAGCCCAACGGCACUGAGAGCGUGAAGACCCCCAAGGUGGCCUGCGAGGAGAGGAACGUGACUGGGAUCAGCAACUUCACGCUGCAGAUCCUGAACGUGUCCCAGGAUCUGAUGGAGUUCCUAAACCCAAACAGCAGUGACUGUACCUUAGUCCUGUUCUAUACGCCGUGGUGCCGCUUUUCUGUUAGUCUGGCCCCUCAUUUUAAUUCUUUACCUCGAGCGUUUCCAACUCUUCGCUUCCUGGCACUGGAUGCGUCACAACAUAGCAGUUUAUCGACUAGGUUUGGAACUGUAGCCGUGCCCAAUAUCCUCCUUUUCCAAGGCGCUAAACCUAUGGCGAGAUUUAAUCAUACAGACAGAACGCUGGAAACACUGAAAGACUUCAUUUUUAAUCAAACAGGUAUAGAAGCUAAAAGCGAUGUGACUGUGACAGAGGAAGACUGGGCCGGGCCCCUGCCAAGUGUCCUGACAAAAGGAAUAGACUGGCUACUCCUGUUUUCUUUGCUCUUUCUGGCUAGCUUUAUCAUGUAUGCUACCAUUCGAACUGAGAGCAUUCGGUGGCUGAUCCCAGGGCAAGAGCAUGAACAUCAAGAAUAAUUGGAGAUGCUGAAACAUGGACAAAAUUUCCUGGGUGUCAGUAAAGCGGGAAUUUGUGCGGACUGGAACUACAUAAGAAUGAACUAUUGAAUUUGUUGGUUGUAAUUUAUAAUGUUGACUCAAAAUUGGCUUUAUUUAUCAACUACUGAAUCCGUAAAAAGCCAACCGAGGCAGUUAAAAUGGUGAGUAGACAAGUACGAAGAAACACGAACUAAGAAAGUAUUUAUUGAAGUCCUCUGACCUGCUUAUUUUUCAUGAACUUUAAUGUAAAUAUGUGAUACGGUUCUACUUGGCUCUUCUGAAGAGGUCCCCAAACUUUGUAGAUAGGAUAAGAUUUCUGCAGUAUGCUGGCCUCUGUACGUGGUACUGCUUGGCUCAGGAGUCGAGCUGCUUUGAUGGAAUGAUGGAAUCUUCUUUUACAGAACCUACAGAUGUAUGAACUAAUGCUUCCACAUGGCCGAUGUGGUAAACACGGUGGAAUUAGGAUGCAUUGGCCCACACAGAUCGUACUCAACUUUUGGCUCAUGUAUUCCUCAAACAAUAAAACCUUACAGGGAUAUGCUGGUGAAUGGUGGUGUUACUAAAUUAUUUUGUCAGUAAAAUGAACUAUGAAGAAGAAAAAUAAGUUUUAAAACAUAAUGUACCUCAAAUGAGUUAUUCCACUGUCUGAAACAAUUUUAAUAUUAACUGUAUGUAUUUGCUUUGUACUGUGGGGUACAGUAAUACCAGCAAUAAUAAAAAUUCUGAAAUUUGUUUUACA